CGGAUCCCAGCAUCGUGUUCGGAUCGAGUAAAUUGAUUCGACCCACAUGGAAUUCCCCUUCGGGCACCACGGUCACCACCAUCACCGACGCGAGGAGGAGGAGGAGCGGGAGGAGCACCGCUACCCCCCACCCGACCACCACCAUCACCGCCGCGAGGAGGAGGAGGAGCGGGAGGAGCACCGCUACCCCCCACCCGGCCACCACCACGACGACGGCCAGGCGCCCCCACCAUCCUCCUUCUUUAGCGGCGGCGGCGGCGAGGAGUACGGCCGGCCCGCCUACCCGCCUGUCCAGCACGUGUCACACGAGGGCGGACCCGGGUUCGACCAGCCCAACCCUUGCCCUCCCGCUCCCGGCUACUACGGCGGGGGUGGCGGCGAACACUUCCACCACCAUCGCCCCCCGUAUUCCUCGGGAACCCACCACUUAGGCGGCCACGAGGGAUGGGCGGAGGAGCCCUCGCGGCCUCGCCAGCCUACCGUGAGGAUCUUCACUAAAGCAGAGGAGAACUACUCCCUUUCGAUCAGGGAUGGGAAGGUGAUACUCGCCCCCAACGAUCCUAGCGACGACUACCAGCACUGGAUCAAAGACUUGAGUUACAGCACGAAGGUGAAAGACGAAGAGGGCUUCCCAAGUUUUGCCCUCAUCAAUAAAGUCACUGGAGAAGCUCUGAAGCACUCCAUUGGAGCAACCCAUCCGGUUCGGCUGGUUCCAUACAAUCCAGACUAUCUUGAUGAGUCAGUCCUGUGGGCUGAGAGCAGGGACACGGGGGAGGGCUUCCGAUGCAUAAGAAUGGUUAACAACAUCCGUUUGAACUUUGAUGCUUUCCAUGGAGACAAGGACCAUGGAGGAGUCCGAGACGGAACCAUUCUCGUGCUCUGGGAAUGGCUCAAGGGUGAUAACCAGAGGUGGAAGAUUGUCUCCAACCCUCCUCCUGCCUCCUACGACUACCUCGGAGGCCGGCCGCCGCCGCCGCGCACCGUCAGGAUCUACACCAAGGCCGAGCCCAAUUACUCCCUCUCCAUCCGUGACGGCGACGUCAUCCUCGCCCCCAAUGAUCCCCAGGACGACUACCAGCACUGGUACAAGGACAUGAGGUACAGCAACCAGGUGAAGGACGAGGAAGGCUUCCCGAGCUUUGCUCUCGUCAACAAGGUGACCGGCGAAGCCAUCAAGCACUCCACCGGAGCUAAGAAUCCUGUUCGGCUGAUCCCUUACAACCCGGAUUACCUGGACGAGUCGAUCCUGUGGUCCGAGAGCAACGACACCGGUCGCGGCUACCGAUGCAUCAGGAUGGUGAACAACAUCCGAUUGAACUUUGAUGCCUUCCACGGGGACAAAGACCAUGGAGGAGUCCGAGAUGGAACCACUGUGGUGCUGUGGGAGUGGCUCAAAGGGGACAACCAGAGGUGGAAGAUCGUCCCCCAGUGAACAAUGCGAUGGAACGUCUGCUGCUGAGCAUUUACUGGGCGAUAUAUAUUCCAUAUAAUACGCAGGCCAGCUCGAAUAAGAUGUAAUUUGGCUCUGUGCAACCUGUGCUAUGUUGCUGGAGUUGUGUGACAUGGUCAAUCUACUGUAAUAAAUAUAUAUAUAUAUAUAGUUUGCAUCUA